GUCUCUCUCUCUCUCUCUCUCUCUCUCUCUCUUCCCCUCUUCUUCACUGAAUUAGUUAAUUAGUUGAUCUCUUUGUUGGCCAUGAAAGCUGCAUCAAGAAAUGAUUUGAAAAAGGGGGGUCAAAUCAAGAACAAGAACUGAACCAGAAAGAAAGUGAGACACAGAGAGAGAGAGAGAGAGGGAGGGAGAGAGACAGUGAGCGAGCUCCCCUUUGAUCCGUUGGCAGGAUGGGAAAGUUGCAGACAAGCAGAGCGAUGGCAGGGAGCUGAGAUUUUCCUAUCUCGUGUGAAUCGCUCCAUAAAUCUCACGCAGGUCAUUCAUAAGUAAGUUCAGCAACAAUUACUCAGAUUGACUCAUCGUAUGGGUUGAUUCUUGAUUCCACACUCACCAUCAGUGUGAAAGGUACUUCUUUCAACUCAAAGUGAAAGAAAGAAGAUUGACGUGAAGUGAACAGUGUCGAUGGCGACUUACUUCCACCAGAACUCAUCUGACCCAGAUGGAGCCCUACAAACCCUCGUCCUCAUGAACCCCACAACCUACGUCCACUACUCCUCCGAUGCCCCUUCUCAGCAACAGCCACCCUCGGCGGUCUUUCUCAACUCCUCCGCCGCCGGGCCGCCCCCUUCCCAGACCCAGCAGUUUGUAGGCAUCCCCCUACCCGGCCCGGCCGCUGACUCGCAGCCCUCAUCCAUGCACGUCCACCACGACAUCUCCUCCAUGCAUGGCUUCAUGCCCCGCGUCCAGUACAACCUCUGGAGCCCCCUCGACCCGUCCACAGCGGCGCGUGAGGCCACCCGCACCCACCAGCAGCAGGGCCUCUCCCUCAGCCUCUCCCCGCAGCAGCCCCCGCCCCCGGUUGGGUACCGUUCCUUUGUCCGGGCCGAGCGCAGCGGCGAUGGAGCAGUGGGUUCUCAGCCUCCUCCAGCAAUUUCAGGCGGCGAGGAUGUGCGGAUCUCGGGUGGGUCGCCAUCGUCGGCCUCGGGCGUAACCAACGGCGCUGCAGUUGGGUCGGGCAUGCAGGGGGUGUUGCUGAGCUCCAAGUACUUGAAGGCCGCGCAGGAGCUUCUCGAAGAGGUUGUUAAUGUUGGGAACAGCGGAAUCAAGGCUGAGAUGCUGAAGAAGCCCAGCGGGCAGAGUAAGCCGGCCGGAGAAUCAGCGGCAGCAAAGGAAGAUGGAGGUGGCGACGGCAGCGGUAAGCGCGGCGCAGAGCUGUCUAUGGCGGAGAGGCAGGAAAUUCAGAUGAAGAAGGCUAAGCUCAUAAGCAUGCUUGAUGAGGUUGAACAGAGAUACAGGCAGUACCACAACCAGAUGCAGAUCGUGAUAUCCUCGUUUGAGCAAGCCGCAGGGAUCGGCUCAGCAAGGACGUACACGGCCCUUGCGCUGCAGACCAUCUCGAAGCAGUUCCGUUGCCUCAAGGACGCGAUAGCGGGCCAGAUUCGGGCUGCCAAUAAGAGCUUGGGUGAGGAGGAUGGCCCCGGAGGGAAGAUCGAAGGCUCCAGGCUUAAGUUCGUCGACCACCACCUCCGGCAGCAGCGGGCUCUCCAACAAUUGGGCAUGAUCCAGCAGAAUGCUUGGAGACCCCAGAGAGGACUCCCCGAGCGAUCAGUCUCGAUUCUACGCGCCUGGCUCUUCGAACACUUUCUCCACCCCUACCCGAAGGAUUCGGACAAACACAUGCUGGCCAAACAGACAGGGCUAACUAGAAGCCAGGUGUCGAAUUGGUUUAUAAAUGCUCGAGUUCGGCUUUGGAAGCCAAUGGUUGAGGAGAUGUACAUGGAGGAAACUAAGGAGCAAGAACAGAAUGGCGGAGGAGCAGAGGACAAACCAAGCAAGAGUGAACACGAGGACUCAGCUUCCAAGUCCUCUGGCCUCCAAGACAAAACCCCCAACUCCAACGAGAACGGCACCAAGACCUUCAAGCCCAGGGAGAUCACCUCGAGGAACCACGACACCCCUGCUAUCUCGACAAAUUCGGCUUCCUCCAUCGGGGGAAACGUCCGCGGCAGCAAUCCUGGGUUCACUCUCGUUGGCCCGUCGGAGCUGGAAGGGCUGACACAAGGGAGCCCGAAGAAACCGAGAGGCGCUGAGAUGAUUCCAAACCGGAGCAAUGUCUCGUCCUUGAAUGUCAACCCCAAGCUCGGGGAGGCUAUAUCGAUGAAGUUUGUCGAUGAGGGGCAGGGCCGCGAUGGCUACUCGAUCAUUGGAGGAGGGCCUGCCAACUUCAUCAGCGGGUUUGGGCAAUACCCGAUCGGCGAAAUUGGGAGGUUUGGGGCCGAGCAGUUCGCUCCUUCAUUUUCAGGUAGCGGGGUCUCUCCCACAUUCUCUGGGAAUGGUGUCUCCCUCACUCUGGGCCUUCCACACAGUGAGAACCUCUCUCUAUCUGGUGCACACCAGAGUUUCCUCCCUAGCCAAAACAUUCAAUUAGGAAGGCGAGUCGACAUCGGAGACACGAACGAAUUCAGCACCAUCAACGCUCCCAUCCCUCACUCUUCAUCUGCGUAUGAGACCAUGAACAUCCAGAACCGAAAGAGGUUCCCCGUGCAGCUGUUGCAGGAUUUUGUGGCCUGAUACACAGGACCCACGGAUGAUUCUCUGCGUCAUCAGAGUUGGGGAUGUUGGAUGAUGCAAGAUGAAGAAUGGUAGUGUAAUCUUAGGUUCAGGACCGGGCUUUUCUCAAUUACCUGUUUCUUCCUUUUGCCUGUUCCCUCCAUUAUUUGGGGAAGUAAGUAAGCUGCAUGGUAGUGUAAAGAAAGCAAAUUAUAGGCCUAUACUUUUGCAUAGAAGUACUUUCAGUUAAGUUAGACAGCUCUAGGAUUUCAGAGAGAUGAUUGGGGAUUGUAUAUUAAUUUUGUAAGUUAUGUUGAUGGAUAGAAUGUAAUAUCACAAUACUUAGUCUUGGGUAUACCAUUA